GCCUGGGCGGUCUUAUUAAAUCAAGUACGUCAGACUCAAAGCCUGUAAAAUGGCUGGGCCUGGAAGUGGCACUGUUGCAAUUUGCAUAUAGCCAAGAUCUCUGCCUUUUCCAAUGGACGCACCACUUCCAAGCUUCUUCAGAGUCAUCCUUCCUUCCAUACUCGAGAAAAAGAAGCUGAAGCUGCCCCUGAAGUUCGUCAAAAUGCACGGGUCCGAACUCGGGUCGACGGCUGCACUUACCUUACCGAACGGUAGAGUGUGGAAGGUUGGCGUGGAGAAGGUGACGAGCAACGACAGCGAGGAGAUCUGGUUCGGAGACGGUUGGGGUGAGUUUGUGGCGCACCACUCCAUUUCCGCAGGAUUCUUUCUGGUGUUUGAGUGCCAGGUGGGUCGCUCUGCCUUCGCCGUCAGCAUCUUCGACUUCACCACUUGCUCAAUCGAGUAUCCGAAGACCGAGCAGCUCGAUGAGGAUCAGACGGGUUCCCCUCAUUGCAUCGUCAUUUCCUCCGAUGACGAAGAAGAAGGAGAUUGCGAGCCCAUCACAAGAAACAAGCUCCGACCCAGAAAGCGGCAAACCUCCGAUCUCAUCAUGACCCCUGAGAUGGAGAAAACGCUGGAGUGUCUCGAAGCAAGCGGGAUUGCGACAAGAGGGCGGUUCCACCUCAUGUUACCUAAGGUUUACAGACAGUGCAAAAAGGGGAUCGAGGAAGCAAUUGCAUGCAAGCCCGAAGACCGUCCUUGCUUCAUAGCCGUGCUGACCUCUAAUCAGAUACGUGGGAGCACCAGGACCACAAUACCAACUUGGUUUGGGAGAGAGCAUAAGAUUGAGAGAGGAUGCAAAAGGAGUGGGAUUCUGGUGGUGUGCAAUGGGGAAAAGGCAGGUGAGCAGUGGCGCGUGGACUUGGCAAGGAGCGCGUUAAGGGAAGAGGUGUUUAUGGGGAAAGGAUGGGGAAGGUUCAUGGACGACAACAGUUUGGGAGAGGGAGAUGUGUGCCUCUUCCAGCUGGUCUCUUCAGAGGCCGAUCCGGUGAAGAUGGACGUGUCCAUCUUUCCAGCCCAGCCCAGUGACUUAACAGAAUAGAUAUCAACGUGGGCUAAGCGUAGCCCAAUUACUGUAUGGGCUUGUAUUUUGUUGGCGAUGCGCUGUUUCUGUCUUAAACUUAGGUUGAACAUGUGGAUCUGUCCCUAGAGGUGAAUAUGUUGUUUCUCUGCGUUUAUUGUCGUCAAAUAAGGACUGCCGUCAAAUAAGGACUGCCUGUGAUUAUUAAGUACAAUAGCAUAAACACCUUACAAGCGA